AAAUUGAAAGAUUUGGAACGCGAGUUAGCCGAAAGACCACGUGCACCAACACAACGCAGCAGGACCUCUGAGGAUGACGUGCUUGGUGAUCGUAUCAGUAUCGGACCUGAUGGACCCAAAGGCCCAUCAGCCGCUGCUGGUGCAGGUGCAGCUGGAACCACCACAAGCACAACAACCACUUAUGACUCGGAAACCACUCAGAUACGAAUCAAAGAAAUCAAUGACAAAUGGAAGUUGGAUGUGGAGAAACUUGAGAAUGAAAAGGUACCGUAUCUUAACAACGCAUACCAAUAA